AACGCAGCCCCCGUAACGAUUAACCGAAAUCAAUAUGAAUCGGGAGGCCCUACAUGUUUCUCGAUAUCUGUGGGUAAACUAAUACCUUGGGCGCGCUGCAGUGGCUUCUGGCCACUGUGCUUAGUGGUGGAAGAAGAAGAAGAAGAAAUCGCAGAAGAACAACAGCGGAGGGAUGACAAGUCGAGUUGGCACCGCACUCCUGCUUCUCGGCUGUACUCUUCUAAGUAGGAACAGCGUUGACGCUGAAGAUCCUUUGCAGUCGCCUUUGUGGGAUGACCCCGGCCAGAGCGUGUUUCAACAUCCUUCAAAUACUUUCUUCAAGGAGCGAGAUGGAGGUUACGAGUUGGACUAUCACAAAGUCAAGAGAGCCGUGAUGCGCCGGCGAAAACCCGCCCGUUGCAAGGGCGAUAUUAUCCUGGACGAAAUUCGCGAAGCCGGCUGCCAGAUACGCACUACCUUGGCGGAGGUGCCGAGACCUGUACACAUGUUUCCGUACCCACAGUUCGUAGAAGUGCAACGCUGUACAGGGCACUGUCAUGGUUCUGUCACUUGUCAAGCUACAGAUUUUACAAACAAAACUGUACAGGUGCUUAUGUUUGACGUGCAUCAAGCUAAGCCACCUGUAUGCACGAAAGUCGAGGUUGAGCAGCAUGCAAGAUGUGCGUGCACUUGUUCAGUAAAGAAAACGCAUUGCUUCAGGAAUCAGUACUACGACCCGGUGAAAUGCAGAUGCAGGUGCUACACUGAAAAGGAGAGGUUCCACUGCGCAGCGUCCACGAACCACAUCUGGGAUGACAAGUUAUGCCAGUGCGAAUGUAAACUCUUCUUCAGAUGUCCCUACAUGCUCGAAUAUUUCGACGUGACAUUCUGCAGCUGCAGAAGCAUAUACGCACUCGGUCCGGAGCCAGGCCAUACUCCGUACGCAUAGGUUGGGACGUUGCCUCUGAACAUCAAAUAAAGGCGAAGCAUAAGAAUAUG